UAUCACAUGACCAAUACCAAUGUUGGGAAUGCGUCAAACAGCUAUAAUAAUAACACCACCAUCAUCGUGGGAGUAAAUGAAGAGUCUCUGCGGAUCCAGUCAUGGUUAUCGCCGCUCGAGCCCUAUAGAAGGCAUCAAGAUGUGAGAAACCGGCGGCUUGAUGGUGUUGGGGAUUGGGUUCUACAAAGGAAUGAGUUCGAGUCAUGGUGCGAGAGCCAGGACAGCCCAGUGAAUCCUACUUUGCUAUGCUAUGGGGGUCAAGGGGUUGGAAAGACCUACAUAAGGUAGAACAUUCUCUAGAAACCGUUGGCGAUGCUGACAAGUAAUAAAAUCAGUUCGCUGGUAAUUGACACCCUGCGCGAGAAAGCUCGUGGACAGAAUAUCGCGGUUUUACCUCUCUAUUGCGAUUACCAGGCGCGGAAGGACCAAUUGGCCGUAAACUUGAUAGGGGGUCUACUCAAGCAGGUUGCUUUGGGGGCAACAAGGAUUCCGGGCGAAAUUCAAAGCGCUUUUGAGGAGUCUCAGCAGGAAGGUGGCCAAAGCCUCCGAUUGCCGGAUAUGGUGAAAUUAUUCGUCAAAGUAAUCCGUCCCAUUGAACGGGUUUACAUCUGCGUUGACGCGGUGGAUGAGUUACUACCGGGGGAUCGGUCAGGAUUCCUUCGUGCGUUGCAAAAAAUUAUUCAAGACGCGCCAAAUACGCGGCUAUUUAUUACCGGGAGGCCGUAUAUUCGGGGGGAACUGGACAAGCAUCUCGCGAAGGGGGCUCAUGUUAUACACAUUGUGGCUGACCGGGGAGAUA